UGUAUCAAUACUUUUAUCAUCCCUAUCACUCCCAAAUCAGCUGUUGAAAUGUACGCAAAGUUUAUUUUGUUAUUGUUUGCCAUCUGUGUCCGGCAGAUGGCAAAUGCUGAGCUGUCUGGCCUGUUUAGCGCCCUACAAUACUUUGGUCUCUACUCGAAUGGAACUGCUUCAAACGAAUCGUUGGGCCAAUCCCGGGGCCAAAGUCACUAUAGCUUCGAGUCCUUUGCGCUCAUGGGUGAUCGUCUUACAUGUGCCCCCGAUGAUGAGCACAUUUUGCAUUUGAAUCAGGCUCCACCAGUGCGCAAGCCGCCCAUUAUGAUAAAAUGUCUGCAACCGGAUCUGUAUAAUAGCACCGAUUCUAAUGGGGCGCCAGCAAUCGAGCCGCAUUUGCUGAUAAUGAAGAGUUCCAAGGACAUUGUGAAUCUUCUCAAGCCCAUAGGGAAUGCCACCAAGCGGCGUGAACAUGGCAGCUGCGUGGUAAUCCAUUUCUGCACUCCGACAAGCCUGGAAUGCGCCAGAGUGGCUCCGAUUAUCAAUUUGCUGCCCCAUCUGUUUCCCACUCUACCAAUUGCCUACAUUGAUGCCUACGAAUUCACACGAUUUAAUGCAGAAUUUGGUAUUGUGUCACUGCCCACUCUGUUGAUAUUCCAUCAGGGCAAACCACUGAUCAAAUAUGAUCCCGUCUGGGCAGAAUCCGAGAAGCGAAGCUUUGGUCGUUUCAUUAUGCGACACACGAAUGUCAGGACUGUGGAUCGUAAGAGCAUUUCUCCUCAAGUUCUAGCUCGAACACAAAAUGAACCAUUACCAAAUGUACCCGAAAUUCAAACGGAUUACUAUUUGGGAUUGGCCUGGGCAUUCAUAUGCGUUUGCCUGGCCAACUAUGUCCGGGGCACUGGUUUUUGGAAGCAGCUGGUGGAUGCCAUCCAACGCAAUUGGCGGGAGUCCGAGGAGACGCAAAUGCAGAUGGUGGACUAAUCUAGUCUCGAGGUACAUUUUCGAUUGGGGGUUAUUACAAUUUCAUUUAAUUUCAAAUGCUAACUAGUUUAAUUUUAAUUAUAUGUGAAAGACAAACAGUUUAAAAAUCCUUCACCUUGAUUCCUUUCAUUCAAAAUAUAAAUGUUCAGUUGGAUUUUGUUAAAAUCGUUUCGGUAGAAAAUGCAAGAAUCUUUCUUGACUUGAUAUGCUUGAUUUUAAAUAUCUUAAAUUAGAUACUGCUCUAACUAUUUUUUUAUGUUAUACAUAAUCAAAAAGCCAAACACUAUCCACAACAAAAUACUAUUACCAAUUAUUUGUAAUACUUUUCCUUACACUCUAGAGAAAAGUCAAACUUAUACUCAAAAUCAGUUGUUUCAUGUUUCUGUAGAAGCUAUAUAGUAUAGUCAUUUGAUUUAUGAGUUAUCUAAGUGGCUAUUUAGUUAAGCUGAAUCUGGCUCAAUCAGUGCUUGAAAGACCAGUAAGAUUGACAGUGGAACCUCAAUAUAAUAAACCAAAGGAAUCGAACGAAA